AUUCGUGAAAGUAUUUUAAACACAAUCGCACUGAUUCUUGAAUGGUUCUACAGGACUUUAUUGAAGUUUUUGAAAUAUAAUGAGGAAAUUGUGUCAUCAGUUCCAUGAAAUUCUUCAAUCUAUGAUUUCUUCUGUUAAGAAGAUAAAUAUGAGUCAUUAAAAAGUAACUAGAUAGGCUAUUAUAGUUUUCAAAAAACUUUUCCAAUCAUGUAUAACAAAGUGAUUGCAAGCAAUAACAAUAAUGACUGUGAAGUUGAAGAAUUCAUCAUAAAACUCAACACCGAAAAUCUUUCCGCUUUCUUGUCAUAUCGAGAUGAAGGAAAUAUGAAUAUUGUCGUCAGCGUAAAUUCACAAGAAAACGAAGAAAAACGAGUCAUUCGCUUUAAAAAAAUCCUAGCUGAUGACAAAGCAAAGUGUCUUGAUUUUGCUGAUCACAAACAUGAGCUGAUAAAUUUUGUCAAUUUCGAACAAUUACUUCAAAAGUACUUCGAUAAUGCUGAUAAAUUUACGGUAGUACCUAAAAUCGUCUUCUUAGAUGUUGAUGUUACCGAUUUGAAUAAUUUCUUGAAACAUGACAGACCAGUAUCAAGACAAAAAGCAGUGAUAGGCAGCAACUUUGGACUUCUUUACCGUGAUGUAGCAUUUUUACCUAAAGAGAUUUAUACCGGAAAUCAACCUGUGAAUGGAACAUUCAAAGACACAUCAACAUUUUGUAUUGAAAUUAAAGCUAAGCAAGGGUAUUUGAUCAAUGACGAAGAGACAUUGUGUGUAAGAAAAUGUCGCUAUUGCUUCUAUCAGUAUUUGAAGUUGAAGAAUGAGAAAAUAAAUAGCGUUUCAAGCUACUGCCCGAUUGAUUUAUUUAGUGGCACACCUGAACGUAUAAAUCGUGCAAUCAAAGGUCUCAUGAAAAAUCCACAAAAUAAUUUCAAGGUUUUUUGUGACGGCAAAAUCGUGUACAAUGAAUAUCUGAAAUGUCAAAGUUCAUUGCAUAAGAUUUUGACAAAUUUAUUUCCAAAUGUUGAGAGAACCGAAAGAAAAGAAAUUUUAUUUGUUAGUUUGAUACGAAAGAUUCUUUUGAAAGACUUCAGCUUCUGUGAUAAAAAUGUUGAAGUUUCUUCUUUCGACGACGAUGAUGAGAACAUUCAUCUUCGCAAUUGUUCAAUGUAUGAGGCAUGGAAAUCACUUCCCACUAAUUGUAUUCUCAACAGUAUCCUUAAAACGCAGCUAUUAGUUAGUGAAAACUUCUCCGAAAUGGAGAUUCUCGACAAGUCGAAAGAACCAAUUAAUUACGAUGUAAACGAUCAAACAAUACUUCAAAAUUAUAAAAUAGGAUCGACAGCUUUAGAUUGCUCGAUUAUGUUAACAUUUCGAAGAACAACUCCAACAAUCACAACAAGUGAAUGUGUCAACGACACGAACCACUACAUUACUCUAAAAGGACCUCGAGGUUUCUACGAAAAUUUUAUUGUAAAUGCAACUAUUGUUGACUUAGAUUUGAAGAAAGAUUCGAUUGCACAUUUCCGUAAAUACAAGAAGCAGUAUCAUGAAAGUAAAUUAGCGUAUUUUGAUUUCAUGGAAAAGCAUAGUAAGCAGAACAAUUGACAUGAAAAUGUGUUCCAUUUAUUUGAUUCUCCUAAUUUCUAAAAAAAUGUUUUUUUUUGAAUUAAACUUAUUAAAGAAAUAAAAAUUAAAUUUUGAAAUUGAAAUAAAUGAAAAAUUGUUUUUUGC